AUGUCUAUGAACGGGGCCCAUUCGCCUUUGCCUGCCAAGUUUCUUGCUUUUUCCUCCAAACACCUUCUCGGUAUUCCAACCACCCCAUUUUCGACUUGCUUUCUGCAGUCUAAUUCCUGUGCCGAGAUUUGGACUAUCUUAGAAAUUCUAGCUAAUGAGGGAUAUAACCCUAAGAAGAGAGUUGAAGAUGAAGAAAUUGGACUGAUACCAAGGGCAUAUGUGGUGAGAGUAGCUAGUUCUAAACUCUCAGAAAACCAAGUCAUUGAAUUUGUUGCAGGCCACCCUAAUGGAGACACAGGUGUGGAAACUAGAGUGAUUGGAACAUUUGGGUAUCUGGUUCCUGAAUAUGCUCAAAGUGGCAAAAUCACUGAAAAAGUUUAUGUUAAUUCCUUUGAGGUGGUAUUGUUGGAGCUUGUUACAAGGACAAAAGUUUUGGAUCUCACUAGGCCAAUGGGGCAGCAAUGCCUUACUGAGUGGGCACGACCACUGUUGGAAGAAUAUACCAUUGAGGAAUUAAUUGAUCCAAGGCUUGAAAAUGGAAUGGAUAAGGAGAAUGAAGAAGGUGGUUGGAAGAAUCACUCCUCCGGAAUUAGUGUCACACACAUGGUGGUGUUCCUUGAUAAACCAAUUUCUUGA